AUGCCCCAACCUCAAAAACCUCCCCCCAACACCCAGACUCACAACCGAGCUACUCCGUCUAUGCUCCAGCGGCGCCGGCAUCCCGACCGUCACAUCCACUGGCAGGAGUGGGAUUAUCGAAACACCCCUUGCGGAAGCGGGGAUGAAGGGCGACGAGGCGGGAGUGGUGGUGGGGGAGAGCGAGAGGAAGGUGUGGGGGGCGAGGAUGGCAGCGGGGGGGUGGUGGAGGCGGCGGGGGCCAGGGAGAGGAAGGUGAAGGGGGAGGGGGAGGGGAUGCGAAGGGUGCGGGGGGCGAGGGGGUAGUGGUGUUUGGUGGACAUUUUGGUGUGUUGUGUGUGGUGGUUGUGUGGUUGUGGGUGGGUGUAGGUUGAGUAUGUAGGUUGGGUAUAGAUUCGCUGAUCGGAGUUCGUUGAUCGGAGUUCGAAGUAGAGUAGAGAGGGUU